AUGCCAUCCAACGCUCAAGGCGGGAAAGCGUUCGGUGUUCUCAAGGACCAGCAGCGGCAGAAAUUGGAGGAGAUCAACCAGGAAUACUUGGAAGACUCAAAAUACAGCGAUGAAGAAGACCUGGCUGUGAAAUUGGAAGGUUUUAAAAAUAAAUAUUCUGAAUUCGACCUCAACGACCAGGGAGAGAUCGAAUUGAUGGGUCUGAAGAGGAUGAUGGAGAAGCUGGGAGUACCUAAAACUCACCUAGAACUAAAGAAAAUGAUCGUCGAGGUCACGGGAGGAAGCAGUAACACCAUCAACUACAGAGACUUUGUGAAGAUGAUGCUCGGGAAGCGCUCUGCAGUCCUUAAGCUUGUCUUAAUCUUCGAGGACAAGGCCAAUGGCUCUCCAUCGAAGCCGUCGGGACCACCUCCAAAGCGGGACAUCUCCAGUCUGCCUUAA